AUGUGUCAACACCCUCUUCACGAGUUCAUCGCGGGUCUCCCAAAAUGCGAACACCACGUUCAUCUGGAAGGUUGUCUCACCCCGGAGUUGAUCUUCCAACUCGCCGCACGCAACGGAGUAACCCUCCCAACCGACGACCCAGCCUUCAAUUCAAUUGAGACCCUAGCAGACCGCUAUGAGCGCUUCACCUCGCUAGAUGAUUUCCUGCACUACUACUUCGCCGGCAUGGCCGUCCUCCAAAGCGAGAGCGACUUCGCCGAUCUCGCCUGGGCCUACUUCCUCAAAGCCCAUGCCGACGGCGUGCACCACGCCGAAGUCUUCUUCGACCCGCAAGUCCACCAGGACCGCGGCAUCGCCUACGAGACCAUCGUAGCCGGAUUCUCCGAGGGCUGCAAGCGCGCCGAGCGCGAGCUCGGCCUCUCCACCAAACUCAUCCUGUGCUUCUUGCGCCAUCUGCCCGUGGAAUCCGCCAAUGCCCUCUACAAGCACUUCCUUGCCUCGGGCGACUACGAGAAGGGCACCGUCCACGGCCUGGGAUGGUCUUCGUCGGAAGUUGGCCCGCCCAAGGACAUGUUCCGGGAGAUCUAUGCUUCUGCACGGGAACAGGGUAUCCGGCUUACCGCCCACGCGGGUGAAGAGGGGGACUCAACUUAUAUCAGUACGGCUUUGGAGCUUGGAGCUACGCGGAUUGAUCAUGGUAUCAAUUUGAUUCAAGACCCCGAGUUGAUGCAGAGGUGUGCGCGGGAGAAUGUGCUUUUGACUGUUUGUCCUGUGUCGAACGUUAAGCUGCAGUGUGUCAAGUCUGUGGCUGAGGUGCCGAUUCGAAAGUUCUUGGAGGCUGGCGUCAAGUUUUCCAUUAACAGUGAUGAUCCGGCUUACUUUGGCGCUUAUAUUUUGGGUAACUACUGUGCUGUGCAGGAGGCGCAUAACCUUUCUGUGAUGGAGUGGAGGAUUAUCGCGGAGAACUCGGUGCAGGAGAGUUGGAUUUCGGAUGAGAGAAAGGCGGAGUUGCUGGAGAAGAUUACGGUGCACGUCAAGCAGUACCUGUAA